AUGGCAACUUUAGGUUCUAUUCGAAAUAUUGACUAUAAAAUUACUCACGCUAAGUUGAGAGUUGUUAAAAUUUUGCAUUACAUUUGUUUUUCCACUGAAGGUGAACCUCGAAAAACUAGAAAAGCUUUGCGUGCUUUUGCUGGUUUUCGGCUCGACGACACUUCCGAACAAUUUUUGAGUAAAUGUAACGAUGUAAGUGAAAAAUUUGAUCUUCCUGAUUUAAUUGCGAUAUGCCAAAUUCUUGAUUUGAAUUAUAAAAAUGAGAAACAUGACGUGGUUGUUCGCAUUUGUUCCUUUUUGAAUACCUUCAUUAACGAAGACGAAACUGAAGAUGACGAAGAGGAAGAUGACGUAUCAGAUAUAGGCGAAGACGACGAAAGACGAAAGGAAGAAAAAAGACAACUGGAAGACGAAAAAAGACGAAUGCAAGAAGAAAAACGAAGAUUGGAAGACGAAAGACGGGAAAAUGAUGAAAGACGAGAAAAAGAGAAACGACGAUUGGAUGAAGAAAGACGAAAAGACGAUGAAAGACGCGCAAAAGGCGAUGAAAGACUUGAAGAAGAAGAAAGACGAAGACGUGAAAGAAGAAACGACGAGCUUAGACGAAGACGCGAAGGGCGAAAUUAUGACGAAGAACGACAAAUAUGUGAUGAAAAACGUAGAUAUGAACGAAGUAAUGACGAAGAAAGACGAAGAUACGAAGACAGACGAUAUGACGAAGAUAUUCACGUACAUGAAGAAAUUGGAGAAAGAAGCUAUAGCGCAAGCAAUAACGCUGAAAUUAGAUUCGCGAAUAAUGGAGCGACUGGUACAAGACGACAGGAAUCAUUUGGAUUAAGUUUUAGAGAUGUGGAAGACAGCAUAAGAUCAUUUAAUGGAAAAGAUGAAUAUCCUAUUCGCACGUGGAUUAUAGAGUUUGAAGAAGUAGCUGAGAUAACAGGAUGGAACGACUUACAAAAAUUAAUCUACGCAAAAAAAUGUUUAAAUGGACUUGCCAAACUGUUUGUGCAGUCAGAAAAAGGCAUCAGAAGUUGGCCUGAUUUGAAGAGAUGUUUAAUCGAAGAAUUCGGAGUACAUGUAAAUAGUGCACAGAUACAUAAGAUGUUGAUGACGAGACGAAAAAAAUCUGAUGAGACUGUACAAGAAUACAUGAUUAAAAUGAGAGAAAUAGCUAAUAGAGCUUACUUAGAACAAGAAGUUGUUAUAGAAUACAUAAUUGAUGGAAUACAAGACGAAUCAUUCAAUAAACUAGUGCUAUAUGGAGCAAAAGAUUUUGCAGACUUUAAGGAGAAAAUUAAACUGUAUGAGAGGAUACGCGGUAAGGAAACUACUGGACAAGCUCAAGGCUUUAGAGGAAAUAAAGAAGGAUCUAAGAAAAACGAGGACAUCGUUAAAAAUGAAAAAAGAGAGAAGAAUGACAGGAAAAGAGAGAACAACAUUACUUGUUUUAAUUGUUGA